GCUGCCCAAGACCCUGACUGACAUGUACUUACACUUCCUGCUGGUUCAGACAAAGAGGAAGAAGAACAAGUACCAUGAGGGACAUGAGACGAGUCGACAAGAGCUGACAGAAGAUGACAGGGAAGUUCUUCUAAAGCUGGGGAGGCUGGCAUUUGAACAUCUGGAAAUAGGAAACAUCAUGUUUUACCAAGAAGACCUGGAGCAAUGUGGUCUGGAUGCCACAUAUAUUUCAGUAUAUUCAGGAAUUUGCACAGAGAUCUUCAAAAAAGACUGUUUAAUCCUUCAGAAACCAGUCUACUGCUUUAUUCAUUUGAGCAUCCAGGAGUUUAUGGCUUCAGUCUACAUGUUCCACUGUUACACCAACAAAAACACAGAGGUGUUGAAAGUAUUCUUGGAGCAAAACUGCGAGGUUCAAAACAGUCAUUCUGAUGAUGAAGAUUUUGAUGAUGAAGACUCUGAUGGUAAUACUGAAGUCUUUUCCAACUCUGGUUAUGUUAUCCCCUCCUUAGCUGACUUUCUUACGCUGGUGAUGGAGAAAUCCCUUGAAAGUAAAAAUGGACACCUGGACCUGUUUGUUCGAUUCCUUUAUGGUUUGUCUCUGGAAUCCAAUCAGAGACUUUUAGGCCACCUGCUUGUCCGGGCAGAGGUCUGGCCAGAAAUGAUCCAGGCAGCCAUAAACAACUUGAAGGAAAUGAACACCCACAAAAUCUCUCCUGACAGAAGCAUCAACAUCUUCCACUGUCUGAUGGAGAUGAACGACCUCUCAAUACAUCAGGAGCUUGAAGAGUUCCUGAAGUCAGAGAACAGAUCAGAGAAACUUACGGCAAUUCACUGCUCAGCUCUGGCCUACAUGCUGCAGAUGUCAGAGGAGGUUCUGGAUGAGUUGGAUCUGACAAAAUAUAACACCACAGUGGAGGGACGGCAGCGGCUAAUCCCAGCUGUGAGGAACUGUAAGAAGGCUCGACUUUCUGGCUGUGGACUCUCAUGGAUUCACUAUGAAUUGUUGGCCUCAGCUUUGAAGUCAAACCCCUCCCACCUAAGAGAACUGGACUUAAGUGAGAAUUAUUUGCAAGAUUUCGGCUUGAAGCUGCUAGCUGCUGGACUAAAGAGUCCACAUUGUAGACUGGAGAGUCUGAAACUUCAGAAAUGCAAACUGUCAGAGAGUUCCUGUGUGAUUCUGGCAUUGGCUCUAAAAUCCAACUCAUCCUAUUUGAAGGAGCUGGAUUUGAGUUUUAACUCUCUGCAAGAUGCUGGAAUGAAACGACUGUUAGCUGAACUGGAGAUCUCAGAAUGCCAUCUUGAAAUUUUGAGGCUGAAAGGCUGUAUGUUGAUUGAGACCAGCCGCCAUCUAAUCUCAUUUCUAAUGUCUCGUCUGAGAGAGCUGGACCUGAGUGACAACAACCUGCAGGAUUCUGGUGUGGAGCAUCUGUCUCAUGGACUGGAGAAUCCAAAGUGUAAACUAGUGACUCUCAGACUGAGCUUAUGCAAGUUGUCAGCGAUGAGCUGUGAUUUUCUGGCCUUGGCUCUGACGUCUAACCCCUCCCAUCUGAGAGAGCUGGACCUGAGUAAAAACAAGAUACAGGAUUCAGGAGUGAAGCGGCUUUCCACUGCCCUAGAAUCAUUGUGUUGUAAACUCGAUACUCUAAGACUGUCUUUCUGUCAGAUUACUCCCAAAGGCUGUGAUUAUCUGGCCUCAGCUCUCAAGUCCAACCCUUACCACCUGAGGUACCUGGACCUGAGUUACAACAAUCUCCUACGGGAUUCAGGAGUGAAGCAGCUGUGUGAUUUCCUGGAGAGUCCAAACUGUAGACUGGAAAUUCUCAGGCUCAGUUUCUGCGGUUUGUCAAACCUCAGCUGUUCUUUCUUGGCUUCAGCUCUGAAAUCCAACCCCUCCCAUCUAAGAGAGUUGGACUUGACUCUAAACAAUCAUCUGGGAGACACUGGAGUAAACCAAUUGUCCAGUCUGAUGGAGAGUCCAGAAUAUAGACUGGAGACUCUAAGGGUGAAGUAAGACUCUUGAACGAUGGAGAGGAAGACAAAGACAAAGUGACCGAACGGAAGAAAGCAGUGUGAUUCUACAAAGGCCUUUUUGACAAACCCAACCAAUGUGUCUUUGGCUAUUCAAUUGUUUUAUUUAUUCAGUUUUAUUUACAGAGCGCCAAGUCACAGCAACCCUAGCUUCAAGGUACUUUACAUUGUAAGGUAGACCCUACAAGAGGUGUUCAUGAGGUUUUAGAUAUUACCUUGGGUCAACACACCUUAAUCAAAUGAUUAGUUCAUUGCCUCUUAUCCUUAUUUUUUCUUUUUCCUUUGACCCUCUAAUAGGCUGGAAGAUGUAUUUUACUUCAUUGUUUGCAUUUUUGUAUGUGGCUGUUUAAAUUAAAUUGAAUAAAUGAGGUUAUUAUUGCAGUAGGCAAAAGUUUUAAUAUCGAACUAGUGACAUUUUUUUCCAUUUAAUUUCUACUUUUAUAAUCUUAUCCUACUAAGGUUCUCUCACUCCAGUACUCAGUAUGUUAGUUCUAUAACCAUGUAGACUUUUCUGCUGCAUUAGUGAUGGGCUUGUUCACGCUGCCAUUGUUUCUUUAAACAUACACUUUUCAUACACUAUCUUAAUAGUGUAUGAAAAGAAUAAAUUUUUAUAUACAUUCACCAGCCAACUCUGCCAAAACUCAGCUGUUGUAUUCCUGCUUUCAUUAAAUUAAUCAUCAGUAAACUUUGUCCUAAGGACAGUUACAGAGUUAAAAUACUUACUGCUAAGUAGGGCUGCACAAUUUUGCAUAAAAUGAGAAUCACGAUUUUUUGGCUUAGAAUUGAGAUCACGAUUCUCUCAUGAUUUUC